AUGAUGCAGUUUGUUGGUAAGUGCCGGUCAAAAUCAUCAUGCCGGUACCAGAAGCUAAGUCAGAUUACGACGACAAGAACUACAAGACAUAACUGCGGGAAGAAGCUCGAUGGUCGGUCAAAAGGGUUUAGACUAAACCGAUCAAGGAGGCUGGUUCUUAAGGCAUUGGUUCUACCAAGAAGGAUCGUGAGCAUUUACGCGCGGAUCACAGAUAAAAUGAACAGAGAAGGUUUCUACUCCAAUCUCACUCUCUCUUCUCACUGGGGCUUCCCUAUUGUACAUUAG